AAUGACUCCAAUUGACCCCCCCUUCACUUUUCCCUACCAAGCAAUCCCUCCCUCACAUAACAGAUAAGCGUUACUACCCUUGCUCCUCCCAUUUCAGCACAUGUGCAGUUAGCUCCUGCCCACAAUAAACAUGGUGUCAGCAACCUCGCCCUCUUGCGUCCUGGCGCCCCGGUACGGUCCCAUCAUAUCUCAGCACCUCUCCGGUCCCAGAAACCAUAGAUGAUAUUAUGAAGUUAUUUUCAACAACACAGCAGUAUUUGCCCCCAUGCAGUCUGCAUGCUUACUACACAUACUUAUGCGGCUUAGGCCUAGAAGCUCCGCCCCUCCUCCCUCUGUCAGAUGCGAGAACGGGGUCUCCACCCUGGCUCCGCCCACUGCUCCUCACGUGUUGCCGGUUGUCAGUCGGUGUGUGUUCGGAGUGAGUGCCUAUUAGCCGCAGCCAUGCUGCUUUCCGCUGUGCUCUAUACGUAUGCCCUGCGUUAUAUGGUGCCCACAGCUGUCAUGCUCGGCACGGCUCCCACCUACCUACUGGCCUGGAGCUGCUGGAGGGCCCUGAGCACUGUUCUACCCGAGCGAAUCUACCGGAGUGGCGAUGACAGACUGUACACCCUGUACCAGAGCAUGGUGCUCUUCUUCUUCCAGCAUUACACCGGGGUGGAGAUAAUCAUCUAUGGGGAUUUGCCAAAGAAGGAAAAUAUCUUAUACAUCUCCAAUCACCAGUGUACAGUUGAUUGGAUUGUUGCGGAUAUGUUGGCUGUUCAGCAGUAUGCCUUGGGUCAUGUACGGUAUGUUCUCAAGGAUGGCUUGAAAUAUCUUCCUCUAUAUGGAUUUUAUUUUUCACAGCAUGGUGGGAUAUAUGUCAAAAGAAGCGCCAAAUUCAAUGAAAUGAAGAUGAGAAACAAAUUGGCGUCUCAAGUUAAAGCAAAUACUAAGAUGUAUCUUGUCAUAUUUCCAGAAGGAACUCGUUAUAAUCCCAACAUCCCAAAGGUUAUUGCAGACAGUCAAACGUUUGCUGAGAAAGAAGGGCUUCCAGUAUUAAAGCAUGUGCUGACACCGCGUGUAAAGGCAACUCAUGUUGCAAUUGAUGUAAUGCAGGAUUACCUUGAUGCAGUUUAUGACGUAACCUUGGCUUAUGAAGGGACUGUCGGCAAAGGUGGACAAAGAAAAGAAGCUCCCUCUAUGACGGAAUUUUUGUGUAAGGAAUGUCCAAAAAUUCAUAUCCUUCUGGAAAGAAUUAGUAUAAAGGACAUUCCAAAAGAACAGAUAUUUAUGAGAAGAUGGUUGCAUGAACGCUUUGAAGUGAAAGAUAAGGUUUUGACAGAGUUCUAUGAAUCCACAGACCCUGCAAAAAACAAUACAUUUCCUGGGGUAGCUCAUAAUGCUAAACUGGAUUUAAGGAGGACUGUGCCAUCGUUAUUGAUUUUAACUGGAGUGACUGCCGGUAUGCUUUGCACAGAAACGGGAAGAAAAGUUUAUCUGAACACAUGGAUUUAUGGGACCCUUAUUGGGAUUCUGUGGGUCAGCAUCAAAGCCUAAGCAAACUGUUUACCUCUGAUCUGCUGCAUAUUAUACCAAAACUUUAUUUUGUCAUACAUUUAGUACCUCUGCAUAUACAGCCUUUGUCUUUUUUUAAUAAAAACAGGAUGCAAAUCUGCUAUACAAGUUA